CUAUAUUAUAUAAAUAAAAUCUAUUAAAAGUUAAAUUAAAAGUUUAACCCUACGCAAUGAAUAGUAUCGGCGAGGACUGCAAUGAGCUAAAGAAACAAUACGACGCCUGUUUCAACACGUGGUUCUCUGAGCGUUUUCUUAAGGGUCAUACAGACGAUUCCGUUUGUGCGCCGAUUUUCAAGGUCUAUCAGGAGUGUGUAAAGCGAGCCAUGCGUGAACAGAAGAUUGAGCUGCGGGAAAUUGAAACGGAUUACACUACCGGCGACCAUGACAACACCAGUGGUGCGGGAGCGAACAGCUCCAAGCCACAAGGAUCCAGCAAGAGCUGACCAACAACACCAUCAACCCAGGCAUCUGGCUGCUACGGUGCGUGUAUGGCAAUUGCCAAUCCAUCAUUAACCGAGAAAACUAAAGAAACGACACUUCCGGGUGGUGCUGGAUGUCAGUGCCAAGGUCGGCACAAGCGGGGCUCCACAGCAUAGUAUCGCACCUGACAGUGCCGUUGCAGUUAUAUCCAAAAUAAUCAACCCAGAACAGCUUUUACAUUCAACCAUUUCUAAUUUAACAAAAUCUAUGUAUGUAUGUAAUCUAGCAACUAAUUUUCUCUCAUUUAAGUUCAAAUGCACGAUGUACAACAAAAAUUUUGAUGUGUUUAUUAUAUAAUCUUGUAAAUAUGUAUAAAGUAAUAAAUGCCUACAUGAUAUUGUGCCUGUUAAUUUAAAA